AUGGAUGACGAGGAACUGCGUCCCGUCGUCCAGCCUUCGCCCCUCGAGACACCGCCUGGCAACGCUCCCUCGCCGUUCAGCCCCAGCCACCCGGUCACGAACAGCAUCCUGGCGCUCGUCGACUCCUUCUUCUCGACUCUGUGCCCCCUGCCUUCGUACGCUUUCCUCCACCCGGAGAGCACGAAGCGGCGGUGCAGGAAUGGACAGAUGCACCGUGCGCUGGCAUCGGCCAUUGCCGCCAUGACUUCGUUGCACACGAGGCUCGACGUCGAUCACGAGGCGUGGAUCAGCGCAGCAGAGCAUAGCGUGUGGCUGCACCUUGAACACCCUACUAUCCCAAGACUGCAGACAUUGUUGCUCGUCAUCUACCACCGGAUGGAGAUGGGAAGGUUCCAGCGCGCUUUCAUGCUGGCCGCCACGGCUGCGCGGUUUGCCUCGGCAAUGCGUCUCAACCACGAACGACCCGACCUGGAUCCCGUGGCGAGGGAGGUCCGUCGCAGGAUUCUCUGGUCCCUGAAGAUUGUAGAGCGGUACUUUUGUGUUGGCCUGCUAGAGUUCGAGCUAUGUCCGAUGGAAGCUAUAUAUAUCGACUACCCGUCGUCGGAAGAUGAAUUUGGUACAGACGUCCAAGGGGAAUACGGCGCCUACAGCCUGCAUGUCCGUCUCGAGGUCGUGAGGCGGGACAUUAUGAAGUUGACGCGGAGUCUCGAGGGGCUCGAGAAGCCACUGCCGAAUCUCAUGGAGCUCAUCCAGCACCAUGUCGCAUCCCUGGAGGAGAUCAGAAUCUCCAUGCCGCCAGACAAGCUCGGUGUGUCGAGCCCCUGGCUUUCGAGGCGGCUACCGAUGCAGGUGUCCUUCCACCAAGCCCAUUGCGACCUGUACCGCAUCCUCCUCCCCGGAUACCCAGAGGCGGCGCCGCCCGUGGUGCUUUCGGGGGUACAGGCGGCCCAUUUGCGCGAGGCAGAGUCAUUGUGCCUGGAGCACGCCGCCUCCACCGUACAAAUACUGACAUCCCUGAACCAAGAGAGCUCUGCCGCGACGCCGCUCGAGUUUGACACCGCAAUCUGCGCGUACCACGCCGCCCGAUUGUUUCUCUACAUUUCGAGAUUCGGACGCUAUGCGGAGACGAGACCUAGUGGAGAGUACGCAGCGAGCAGAGCUGACUUGACCGUUGCCGCGCUACGCCGGUUCUUCCCCUCGUCAGUGCUCGUGGCGCCCAUAAUCAAGGAGCUCGAGCAUUCCAUUGGCGUCUUUAGGCAACGCCAACACGCAGUCAACACUACAACGUCUACGACAACCACGGGCACUGCCGCAUCCUCUGUCGAGCAGUCCGUGGACCCGCCUUCGGGAAGCACAAAGCCGGUAACGAGGCAAGACCAGAGGCUGGCUGUUCACAGUCUCCUCAGACAAGCCGACUUUGGGGAAGACGGGGACGAGGAGAAGGUCAAUCCUGGGGAAGUGGCGUCUGCAGAGGAGCUCUGCCAGAGUCUGGAUUCCGUCUCACCCGAGCAACGGGGGUCAAACGCGACGGGGCCGUCGCCGAGCAAUGGACUACAAGCGAUGCCCAUGUCAACGACUAUGGGCGCGUUCCAGGGCUCCGGACAGAGCGCAUGGCCAAUGGGGGGUUUCUUCCCGGUUGGCGACGGUCAGGGUCUGAACAGUUUUGGCCAAGUCGAGCAGCCACUGUUCUCCUGGGGAGGACCGCAGGACUGGGACUGGUUGUUUGAGCAGGGUCUGCCUUCAUGA